AUGAAGUUCUCAGCGCUCAUCCUCCUUGCCUCCCUCUGCUUCGUCGACGUCGUAACGUCCACCAUCCUCUACUCCAACCCCAACGACGACGCCUACAGCCUCUCAAAACGUUCCCCCGCCAAAGACAAAGGCGGCAAAUCUAGCCGCGGCAGCGGCGGUGGCGGUGGCGGCGGUAAAGCUCCCAAGAGCAAAGCCCGCGCCAAGCCCUGCGCAUCCAUGGACCCGCUGCCCGCCGGCCAAUUCGGCCAUCUCUGCGCGGGCAACAACCGACAAAACACCGCGGGUUUCCGGCGGCCGGCGCAGGCAAAGUUCGACAGGGCCGCCAUUGAGGCUGCGUUGACGGAGGCGGAGAACGGCAAGACGUUCAGCACGGCGACGAAAGAGUACCCGGAUACGUUUUUCAACACGUAUUCGAAGGCCGUGCCGGGGCAGAAGACGAGGCAGGCGGGCCUGAUGUUUCCGGCGGCGGCGACCAAGGACGCUGCGGGGAAGGGGAAGGGGAAGGGGGCGACGAGUACGGGGGAUGACUUGAUGGAGUAUCCGAUCUUUGCGCCGGGCUACGAGGAUGAGGGGAAGGCGGGCGCGUUCAGGAUCAUCUAUUCACACAACAGGGUCAACAACAAGUGCAAGUUUGUUGGAAUCACCGAACAUUUGAACGGUGGCCAGGACGUGGUCAAGUGUAACCGGGACCUCGUGAGAAGGGACAGCCUGGGAGACAAGCCGCACAAGGACUCGCCGCCAUUCCAGGUCCCUCCACGGAAGACGCAGAAGGGCAAGACCAGUACUGGCGGUGGCUCUCAGAGACCGGCCUUGGUGAGGUCCAACACUAUCUAG